AUGGACCCACCAAAGAAACUCAAACCAAAUCCGGCCGACCUGUACAAUCCCCGACAAGACGGCCAGCAAAAAGCUCGAAAGGCCAACGCGCGACUACAACGCGUACGACAGGCUGUCCGAACCUACCAGGCUAGAUUUGCCGGUCCACCUCCGCGGGGGCAUAUAUUUUCCGCUUCAACCGCCCCCAGAAUUCCCACCACUAUGCAAACGACUGCUCCAGAGGUUAACUUUCCCCGCCGAACCCAGCAACCUCCAACGCGACCUCCCACUGGCUGCGUGCGACAGCAAGAUGAAGUCCCUCAAAGACCGGCCCCACCAGACCCGUACCCGAACACCACCGGCGCCGGUACGUCCACCAGAAGUGAAGCCGGUCCCAGCACGUUACCCACGUUUGGGCUGCAGAGCGUCAAAACUAACCUCGCCUUCCUACGGCCCGAAUUGCACUUCUGGUGGGCCUCCAAACAAACUGCUCCAACCGCCCGCCCGAUAAUGUCAUUGCCUCUUCCGCCAUGA